AUGAUACCAAAUCAAUUUAAAUUCUUCCUCGAUUCAAGUUGUUGCAAACAAAUAAAUGAUUCUAAGGAAUACUUUUUUAGUAUUGUAGCAAGCAGUUUACUAAAGGAGACUAAAUAUUAUGAAACAUCAGAUACUUCAAGAAAUAAAUUAAUAGAAACAAUGAAUACAAUUGCAAACAUAGAUCCUGAGUUUAUAUUGUAGGUGGCUUACUACGUUAGAAAUCAAAUGUAUAUCAGAAGUGUAAGUAAUUUCAUUCUUGCAUUUUCUAUUCUCCAUCCUAAAACUAAACCAUUCUGCUCAACAUACAUGUGUCCAACUUUGUUAAUACCUGGUGAUUUAAUUGAAGUGUGCUAAUUUGUUCAAGUGAUUUCCUAAGUUAAGAAUUCAAACAACAAAUUGGAUGGAACUAUCGACAUUAGAAAGAAAUUAUAAUUCCCAAAAUUAUUGAGAAAACAGAUCCAAAAAAAGCUUACUCAAUUCAAAGUUUAUCAACUUGGCAAACAAUGUUCAGAUUGUAGUAGAAAAAGGAAUAUUAGGAAAUAUAGAGAACUUCUAAACCCUGAUAUCAAAAACAAGAGAAGGGAGAAAAGAUUGUUGAAAUUAAAAUUGAUUAGAGAUUAGAUGAUGUUAUAAGGACCAGAUACUAAAAAUCAAUUUCAAAACUAGGCUAUCUAAAAAACAAAUAGAGUUGCAGAAAACAGAAGAAGACAUACCAGAAAUCCUCACUUUGCUAAGGUUAAAGAAACAUUAAAUGUUUUUGAUACAAACUUCAUAAGUUUAAAAGAUAUCGUCACAUUGUGUCAUGUGAAAGAGCCUAGAAGUCUGGUUAUGUAGAUUUUAGGAGCUAAGUACCCAAAGACAUUAGAAGAAUUUGAAAAGGAAUUUAAAGGAGAAAGGAAGAUGAAAUUCGAACCUGAAAAAGCAGGUACAAGAAUGUAAAUUCCCAUUCCAGUAACAUGGGAUAGAGAAUUAAGUAAAGGAUAAAAUUCAAAAAGAUAAAUUUGGGAAGACUUAAUUCAAAAAAAUUAGAUUCCUUACUUAGCUUUGUUAAGAAAUUUAAGAAAUAUUUUGAAAUCAGGUGUGAGCGCAGAGGCUCACUUAAAAGUUGUUGAGAAAUUAUCAAAUUAGUAACAAGUAGAAAAAUCAAAAGUUUUCCCACUCUAAUUUUUCACAGCCUUAAAUGAGAUUGACAAAUUGUAAGCCAUUGAAAAUGAAAAUACUAAUAAUGUUAAGUAAAAGAGAGAGAGAGGAAAAAAACAACAAGCAAAAGUAAAAUCAGAUGAAAAGGAAAUUGAAGAUGAAGAGGUCGAUGCAUCCCCUUAAGUGAUUCAAUCUUAUAAAGAUGCUAUUGAAAAAGCAAUGGAAAUAGCCGUUGAUAAAAAUUUAGAAACAAUAUCAGGUGUUACUUAUGUAUUUGUUGACGUAAGCGGAUCAAUGUGUAGUAAAAUUAGCGGUGGAAAAAAAUAUGGAUCAAUUAAUGAAUGCAAGGAUUGCGCUUUUGUUUUGGGACAUAUGAUAAGAACAAAAUGUGAAAAAUGUGAGUUUUAUUUGUUUUCGGCUCCUCUUUUUAGGGGUGAACCCUUCGUAAAGGUUGAUUUCAAUAAUGAUACUUUAUUAUAAGGAAUUUAAAGAUGUUAAAGAAAAUGUAACGAAUUAAGUCGUGCUUGCGAAAUGGUUGGAUAAACCAUUAAUAAUGUAUUAUUAAAGGAUAAGAUCAAGGCUGAUAAUAUAGUGAUAUUAAGUGAUAUGAUGGUAACCAGAGGAUUUAAUGAAGAUGGAUUAAAAAUGGAAGAAGUUAUAAAAUAGUAUCUCGACAGUGUGAAUUCAGAAGCUAAAUUCUUUUUUAUGGACAUAUCUGGUUAUGGACAAUAAGUCAGUUUUGGCCAGGAUCUAAAAAGUAAAAACUGUUUCCUUAUUAAUGGGAUGAGUGACAAUGUAUUGAAAUACAUUGCUUACGCAGGCAAAAUUAAUCAACUCGAUGAUGUUGUGGCCUUUUGUCAGGAGUUGAAAUCCAAUUAGCAAGUAGAAAAAUAGAAUAAUGACAAAGCUUAGAUAGACCAAGCUCAAUAAUUUGAAAUUGAGUGA